AUGGAGUGUCCAAACACUAAGAUCAUGAAACCCAACUCAAAUAUAUCAGAAAUUGUUUGCAAGUUAGCCAAAGUGCGCACAUUGAAAUCCAUUGGGGUGUUGUCCUCUGAAGCUCCCGAUUUCCAUCACUUGCAAAAGCCCAUUUGCAAUGUUGCUUCACUGAGUAAAAACAUCAGUGAUGCAAGUGAGGAGAGCAAAAUCUAUGGCCAAAAAAUCCAUCUGCAGCACAGUUUAGUACCUGAAGGAGAGGAUUCUUGUGCUAGUGUGGAGAUCAUGAAGAUAUUUGAUAAUGUUUCAGCUUUGAAAAUGGCAUAUCUUCAGCUUCAGCAAGCUCAUAUCCCUUAUGAUCCACAGAAGAUAACUGCUGCUGAUGAAAGAGUAAAUGCUGAACUUGAGAAACUAUGCAAAUUCAAGUUUGAAUAUAAGGAGAAGCAAAACAUGAAAGCCAAGUCCACUGCUGCAUGUUUUGAUCUUUUGCAAUCUAAAAUUGAGGCCAAAGAAGCUUUUUUGGGGAAGCUUAAGUCACUGAACAAUGCUAAAGAUUUUAAGAUUCUUCGGUUGCACCAAGAGCUCCAGGACUUGGAGAUGGGGAAUAAUAACCUGCAUGAGAAGAUCAAGAGGAUGAGUAAGAAGAGGAAAACAAGUGUUUUGAGUGUUGCAAAGUUCAAUGAUGUCUUCAAGGCUGCUUCAAAGUCAAUUCAUAAAUUUGCAAGGCCAUUAAUUAGCUUGAUGAAAGCUUCAGGUUGGGACUUAGAUGUGGCAGCACAAUGGAUUGAGAAUGAAGCUGUAUAUUCCAAAAGGUGUGACAAGAAACAUGCCUUUGAGGCCUACAUUGCAAGAAGAAUGUUUCACGGGGUUUCUUUGACAUCUUAUGAUGUUGGUGAUAUCAUGAAGUUUGAUGAUCCAAUUGAUGCACUGAUGGAGAAUCCAGACUCAGAUUUUUCAAAAUUUUGUAGAACAAAAUAUCUUCUAGUUGUUCAUUCCACAAUGGAAGAGUCAUUCUUUGGGAAUUUGGAUCACCGAGCUUUAAUAUUGUGUGGUAAGCACCCAAGAACAGAAUUCUAUCAGUUAUUUGCGAAAAUGGCUAAAUGGAUUUGGGUUUUAGUAGGUUCUGCAGCGUCAAUAAAUCCCGAUGCAACCAUGUUUUUUGUAAAUAGAGAAAGCAUGUUCUCUGCUUUGUGUAUGCAACCUGUUGAGGAGGAAAGAGAGAUUGCUGUUCUUUCAGAUGAAGAAAGAGCCACUUACAAAGUUCAGUUCAUGAUUAUGCCUGGAUUUAAAAUUGGACAGACAUUGGUAAAAUCUCGAGUUUAUAUCUCAAAACAAUGUUAA